CGGCACGGAUCCCCCGCCCUUUUUCAGUUCAGGCCUUCAACGCGGCUGUUCAGGCAAUUGUUGAGCAGGCCAUCGAGUAGAAUCCGUCAUCAUGAUUAUCUAUAAGGAUGUUAUCAGCGGAGAUGAAAUGUUUUCGGACAUUUAUAAAAUUAAAGAGACCGCAGGCGGCCUUUGCUAUGAAGUAGAAGGAAAGGUUGUCUGCAGAACAGAGAAUAUUGAUGAUGCUCUGAUCGGUGGCAAUGCAUCAGCUGAAAUCCAGGACGAAGGGGUUGAAGCUUCAUCAGUGAGUGGUGUGGACAUAGUUUUAAACCACAAGUUACAGGAAACCUCAUUCACAAAGGAGAGCUAUAAACAAUACAUCAAAGAAUAUAUGAAGCGAGUGAAGUGCAGAUUAGAAGAGUGUGCACCAGACCGAGUAAAGCCCUUCAUGUCUGGAGCAGCAGAACAAGUUAAAAAAAUACUUGGCAACUUCAAAAAUUAUCAGUUUUUUACAGGGGAGACCAUGAACCCUGAUGCAAUGGUUGGUUUACUAGAUUAUCGUGAAGAUGGAAUAACACCAUUUAUGAUGUUUUUCAAAGAUGGCCUAGAAAUUGAGAAAUGUUAAUCCUGCAAGAAAUUUACCCUAAUUGUGUCAUCUUCACAGCCACAUCAGAAAUCAAGCAUUGGUCCAUUGGAUUUCAUGUCUGGCACUUGAAGGCAUUUGUUUUAAUUGUAUUUUGUCAAGUUGUAAUAAAAACUAUUUGAAUUCACACUA